AUGCACACUGCAGGGACAACUCCUGAAGAAGCUUUUCAACCAGCUGCCUGCAGUAAAAUCAGCAUGGCAGGAUUUAAUUUCAGUGAUCAAACAGAUGGUAUUGGAGAUCUCAGAAAAUGCCUGAAGCACAAGUGAUUGGUCAAGUUUAUUGGAGUAGACUUGAUUACUGAGGAUGAUUACUUGAGGUUCAGUAUUCAAACCCAGUAGCAUUAAUGAAAUCCUCAUUUGCUGUAGAAUUAGAGUCACGUGCCAAUGAAAGAGCUUUCACUUAUGCACUAGGAUUCAAUAUUGCAACAGAACAUGUUGUUAAGGUUAUGUAUUACACAACAUACAUAUUGUACCUGACUGGAAGGGAGAGACUACCAUGAAAGGGAGAGAACACACUUGUCACAAUUCCUUCCUUUACUCUGUGACCCAAUAUGUUAUUGUGCCAUAUGAAUGCUAUUGUAGGUGACUCCAUAUUUCAUGUUUGAUUACAAAUGGCCACAACUUCCAAGCAGCCGGCGCCCUAAGCCUUUUUCACACCACUACAUAAAGAGACGUGUUUCAAUACGGCUGGAAAUUAGACAUCGAAAAAGUGCAGCAGACAGGAUUCCAGGUGCUUCUCCAGAGAGGUGACUGAGUUAAAGGCAAUUUAGGCUUACCAGGAAUGUAAGUAAAAACUCUUGUUUUUAGAAUCCUAAAGUGUAGAGUUCGGAGGGGACCCAGGGGUCGUCUAGUUAACCCCUUGCAAUGCAGGAAUCUCCACAAACAAUCCCUGCUUACUUUUGGAAAUGUGCUAGUACUUGUGUUAUUUGUCAGUUUCUGUGAUAGCAUCUCUCCCUUUGUGUGUGUUUGUGCAUUCAUGCAUAAAAACCAUGUAUGAUCUUUUUUUAAAAUAAUAAUAACUGCAUUUUCAAAAACAGGAACAGAGAGCAUGUUUAACCCCCUCCCCCCCUGUUACAACUACAUACCAAAUACAGCCUGUAUACAUAUACCAUAUGACUUCCUUCCACACUUUUCCUGGUUUGUUUGCUUUUCUACUACUCCAUGUAACCAAUAUCUUUUUAAGCAUGCAAUUUGUUAUCAAUUAAAUACUCUAUUUCAACUCGGCUGGAUUUACUCGGGACCUGCUAAAAUCCUUAGCCACUCAGUUUUGUAAAUAUCUGGGAAUAAGGUUUACCAUCUCCCCCUCCUCAUAUCUAGAAUAAUAAUAAUAAUAAUAAUAAUAAUAAUAAUAAUAAUACCCAGCCAUUCUGGGCGGCUCCCAAUCAAGUGUUAUAACAGUACAGCGUUAAAUAUUAAAAACUUCCCUGAACAGGGCUGCCUUCAGAUGUCUUUUAAAGAUAAGGUAGAUGCUUAUUUCCUUCACAUCUGAAGGGAGGGUUUUCCACAGGGUGGGCGCCACUACCAAGAAGGCCCUCUGCCUGGUUCCCUGUAACUUGGCUUCUCGCAGUGAGGGAACCGCCAGAAGGCCCUCGGCGCUGGACCUCAGUGUCUGGGCAGAACGAUGGAGGUGGAGAUGCUCCUUCAGGUAUACAAGACCGAGGCCGUUUAGGGCUUUAAAGGUCAGCACCAACACUUUGUAUUGUGUUCGGAAACGUACUGGGAGCCAGUGCAGGUCUUUCAAGACCGGUGUUAUAUGGUCUCGGCAGCCGCUCCCAGUCACCAGUCUAGUUGCCACAUUCUGGAUUAAUUGUAGUUUCCAGGUUACCUUCAAAGGUAGCCCCAUAUAGAGCACAUUGCAGUAGUCUAAGCGAGAGAUAACCAGAGUUUGAACCACUCUGGCGAGACAGUCUACGGGCAGGUAGGGUCUCAGCCUGCCCUGGACACCAAAUUGACCUGUGCCUCCAUGGACAGCUAUGAGUCCAGAAUGACUCCCAAGUGUGCGCACCUGGUCCUUCAGGGGCACAGUUACCCCAUGCAGGACCAGGGAGUCUUCCACACCUGCCGGCCUCCUGUCCCACAAAAACAGUACUUCUGUCUUGUCAGGAUUCAACCUUAAUCUGUUAGCUGCCAUCCAUUCUCCAACCACCUCCAGAGGUAGAGCUGGGUAUAAACCGCAUACUGAUGAAUACCCAGCCCAAACCCCCUGAUGAUCUCUCCCAGUGGCUGCAUGUAGUUGUUGAAAUGCAUGGGGGAGAGGACAGAACCCUGAGGCACCCCACAAGUGAGAGCCCAGGGGUCUGAACACUCAUCCCCCAACACCACUUUCUGAACACGGCCCAGGAGGAAGGAGCGAAACCACUGUAUAACAGUGCCCCCCAGCUCCCAGCCCCUUUAGACGGUCCAGAAGGAUGUUAUGGUUGAUGGUGUCAAAAGCCGCUGAGAGAUCCAGUAGAACUAGGAAACAGCUCUCACCUUUGUCCCUAGCCCGCCAGAAAUCAUCGACCAGUGCAACCAAGGCAGUUUCAGUCCCAUGAUGAGGCCUGAAUCCCGACUGGAAGGGAUCCAAAUGGUCCACUUCUUCCAGGCGUGCCUGGAGUUGUUCAGCAACCACUCGCUCAAUAACCUUGCCCAAGAAUGGAAGAUUUGAGACUGGGCGAUAGUUGGCCAUAUUGGCAGCAUCUAAAGAUGGUUUUUUAAGAAGCGGUUUGAUAACCGCCUCUUUCAGCUGGUCUGGGAAGGCUCCCUCACAGAGAAAAGCAAUCACCACCCUGCGAAGCCCAUCGCCCAGCCCUUCCCAACUAGCUUUUAUAAGCCAGGAUGGGCAAGGAUCAAGGAGACAGGUGGUUGGUUUCACUCUUCCAAGCAGCCUGUCCACAUCCUCGGAGGUAACAGAUUGGAAUUGAUCCCACGUAACUUGACUAGACAGGACUCUAGCACUCUCCCGCCCCAGCCCUGCUCCCACGGUGGAGUCUACCUCUUCCCGAAUCUGAGUGACUUUAUCUGCAAAAAACUUUGCAAAAUCAUUGCAGGAGAUCAUGUGGCCCGUACUGGGCCCCGAUGUAGCAGGUGGUUCCGCUAAAUUGCGAACCACCUGAAAAAGUCUCCUGCUGCUGUUUUCUGCAGAUGCAAUAGAGGCAGUGAAGAAAGUCUUCUUCGCCGUCACUACCACCACUUGGUAGGCUCGACAUUGAGCUCUAGCCCGUGUCCGGUCAGCAUCAGAAUGAGUUAUCCGCCACUGGUGCUCUAGCUGUCUCAAUGAUUGUUUCAUUGCCCUCAGAUCCGUGGAAAACCACGGGCCUGUCUGGGCUCCAUGCAAUCGGAGAGGGCACUUCAGAGCCAAACAGUCAAUAGCCCUGGUUAACUCCACAUUCCAGCGGGCCACCAGAGAAUCAGCUGAAAGUCCAUCAACAUGGGAUAAAGCAUUCCCUACCACUCUCUGGAAACCAUCUGAAUCCAUUAAGUCUUGUUAGUUCAAUUAUUGGGCUACAAAGCUCCCGAGUUAAUCCCUAAACCGCUCUAUCAGCACAGCAUUGCCCAAGGACGACUUUGGAAAACACAACCACACGCAAAAUAUCUUCCCAUAUGGAGAAACAGAACAGGACACAGGAAACCGAUUAUCCAGUCCUCCUGGCCACACUCACAAGUCUGGUUUGUGAUUAAAAUCUUAUUUCCUUUGGCACCCAAGUUUUCGAAAGCUCCCGCUAUUUGAUAGUACGAGGUUGCUAUUUCUUUCUUUCUGUCUUGUUUAAUCGGUUUUAAUUUGUAUACUUUGGCAGUACAUUUAGAUCCACUGUUUUCUUUCAUUUGGAGGUUGGGUUUCAAAUACAGUGGUACCUCAGGUUAAGUACUUAAUUCGUUCUGGAGGUCUGUUCUUAACCUGAAACUGUUCUUAACCUGAAGCAGCAAUUUAGCUAAUGGGGCCUGCUGCUGCUGCUGCGCCGCUGCCACACGAUUUCUGUUCUCAUCCUGAAGCAAAGUUCUUAACCCGAGGUACAAUUUCUGGGUUAGCGGAGUAUGUAACCUGAAGUGUAUGUAACCCGAGGUACCACUGUACUAAAAGGGGAGUAUCAUUGUUUACAUUCCACAAUUGUAAUUUGAGUUGUUUAAACUGUACCCAUUUAAUUGUACCCAUUUCUUUGCAGUCCAAUUUUUCUCCCCAGAUUUCACCAGAUCCGGAGUGGACUCCCUUUUUUCACUCCCAGGCUCUUUUCCAAAGAUUCCCCACUAAUUCUUUGAAUUCUAUCUUCUUAUUUGGAUUUAAUUUGGGAAGUUUUGUCACUCCGGUGAGAGUCUUAGAGGCUGUGUGGCAAUGAGCUGAUCUCUCCCUCUAGUGCCAUGGCCCAUUAUCCAAAUUGUGACAGCCCAAACUCUUCAGAGCUCACACUGCCCCAAAGUGGAGCUUGUAUAAGGCACCGCUGGAGAUUCAACAAGCUUUUCCCUUUUCUUGCGAGGAAUCCUAUUCGGAAUAAGGGAAUUUUCCUUUAAAAAAGGGAAACCUUGACAGCUAUGGCUGGGUGUUGUGGCAUGGUUCCCAAUAACCGAAGUGGAAAGAAUGUCUAGAGGCAGUGAUAACAGGGUUUGGCCUUCAGCAUCUGCUAUUACCUGGCAGCAGAGCUGCAAUCCCACUUUGCAGUGUAUCCCAAAAUGCUUCCAAACUUCAGCUCACCAUUCUCCCCACCCUCCUCGUUGGGUGUUGUGUUCGUGCUGCAGAAGUUCAGUCAAGCGGUUAGGUUCAAUGUAGGAAACAACCGUGUAGCAGAGAGAGCUUUUACUUCAGGGGCAAAAACACACACACUAUAUAUACACAUUCUUUGCAAUUGUUAGAAGAAGUCUUCACUCUCUGAAGACAAGAGGGCGUUUCAGAUUAUAAAGUAAGUGCUGACACAAACUCCACACAGCAAGUGCAAAGUCUAGUGGCUAACAAAGUCCUGCAACUGCCAUUUCUGCUGACUCAUGGAAAAGUAACUCCUUUUCCACUUUCCUUAACACUUCAGCCAUGAAAUGAAACCAGCUUGCUUUACAACAAAGAACAUGAUGAUCGUACAUUACUAAUUUUGUAGAUCUCAGCGAUGAAUGCUGGGGGGAAAAAUAUGACUGCUUGGCUAGUUACAGUGGGGAAAACUAGAUUUCAUGUAAUCAUGAAUGCUCUGGGUUGACAGUUCAAACUGAUGUACUGCAUUUUCUGUUUUACAGGUAAACAGUGGGGGGAAAGAUACCAUCACAACUGAGGCGAAUUUCACUUGAUAUAUUUAUUUCAUUGGCAUACACUUCAGCUCUUCUCAUCUCUUGGCAUACACUUGCUUCAGAUCAGGAAACAAUGAGCUGGAUUACUCAAAUGCUGGAAAACUGGAUUAGUGUUACUUAUUUGGAAGAAUACCUGAACUCUGUGGUUCACCCUCUGUGGUUAUUUAUGAUUCCCAUUUUGCUUUAUUCUUUCUGGUUAUUUUUAUAUAUAUUUUGCUGUGCUGUCUCAUUUCUGUUAUAUAUCUACAAGAAGAUGAAUAACCAGCAAGAAAAUGAUAUUUAUAGCAAAUGUUGGGACAAGGCAAGGCACAUUAUGUAUCGCUGUUUAGAUAUAUAUGGAAAGAUAUGGCAUGGUGAGUAAAGGUUUCUUUCAGACCAAUAAUUCAGUCUUAUCAGCUCCUAUACUUUCAUAGGACUGAGCAUCAGAAUUUCAGACUUGAAACACUGGAACAAUAGUUGCCACAGUGCAUCAGGAGUGUAGCUCUGAACCCACCUCAGUGUCAUAAGAGCUACAAGUUUUGGUUGGCUUUGUAAGGAUCAAAAUAAAGGCAUGGAUAUUUAUAUAUGUAAUAAGCUAUCCUAAGGAAAAACAAAAUAUUUUAUGAGGUACGUACAAAAUCAAGACGUAUUACAGAAGAAAGGGUGAGUUGGUGGCUACAUAAACACCAUACAUUUUAAUCAUAUUUAACCCCCCCCCCGAAACCUGGAGAAUGUUGCUUGCAAUUCACAGAGCUGCAAUUAGCAAAGCCCUUUAAAAAUAGCUUCAUGGAUUGUCGCAAGAGAAAGGGAUUGUCUUUAAAUGUGUUGUGGGUACACAGCCAAUGUAAUUAAUAUAACAUUGUAUAGAGAGACCUUGAGCGUGCAAUUUUCCUGAGCAUGAUAAACCACAAGGCAGCUCUGAAACAUAAACUAUGGUAUUUGCCAGCACAGGUUGUGUUAAUGGCUACUAUUUUAGAUGGACACUGCGGGAAACAGGACAGUGGGCUUUAGAGGCCUUUGGCCUCAUCAACAGGAUUCUUCUUAUAUCCUCCCAGAAGACUGCUAAAAACUCUCCAAGUAUUCCUGUUCUCCAGGGAGAGUCCCGGAUUUACAGAUGCCAUCCUGGCAGGGUUUCUGAUUUGAUCCUGGAAUGCCCUGCUUUUCCUCAGGUUGUUUCUAUUUUCAUCAGAGAAAUGUCAGAGGAUAGGGAGUUAGGCGACACAUGAGCGAAGGCAGCCAAGUAUACAAAAGUUUUUAACAUUUAAUGUUUUUAUUUACGUUGUAAGCCACCCAGAGUGGCUGAGGCAACCCAGUCUGAUGGGUGGGGUAUAAAGAAUACAAUUAUUAUUGUUAUAUUAUUAUUAUUAUUAGUAUUAUUUGAUGUGCUUAUUUUCAUUUGAGAAAUGUUGGAGGGUAUGUUGAUGUUGCUUUAGGAGUUGAAGCAUAAAUCAGAAAUACACUACUAAAACUAAGCCUGGGCCUCAAUGAUGAAACCCUGUAGCUACUUAUAACAUGGUCAAUGGUGCAUCUGUCUGGAAAACAGCUUUCUUACUUGGUAUACAGUGAUUCAGAAGAUGGUCUGAAGAUGUCUGGUUGGAGCUCUUAGGGAUGGGGAAGAAAUGUGCUCCUGGCCUAAGAUAGCUCUUUCCCAAAGUAGCGCUCGGUACAGAAGGGUAAUACUGCCCUUCAAAUAAAUAAAUAAAAGUCUCCAAAACAUUUAGUUUGAUAUCAUGUUAAAUCAUCUCAAAGGGUCAAACACACAUAAAGUAGAUUAAAAGAGCAAAAUAACUCAAAGACUGGGCAAAAAUGUUUCCAUCUGUAUCCAAAAGGAAGCAAGGAAUGAAUAUUCCAGGAGAGGAGAAGUCCCCUCCUGCCCCUUUAGUUUUGCGACCACCACAGAGAAAGUCCUGUUCCUCUUGGAUGCUCUCCUGGCAUCCAAAAUGCUGGAACACAUAGCAGAGCUUUGUACCUGAUCUUAAUUUCAUUUUCCCCCUUCCGAAACACACUGUUUCUUGCAAUAUUUUCUUGUGAUAUUUUAUUUACCUUUCAACAACAUAAUAUUUAUUUGUUGCCAUUUGUAUUAUUUUCAGGUUAUGAAGUUAUUGGCUUGGAACAUCUCCCUAAAGGGCCAGGGAUUGUUAUUUUUCAUCACGCAAUUUGGCUUCGCGGCUAUUGCUUCUUUGUGGGCAAAGCUUAUGAAGAGAAAGGAAGACUGUGCCAUUCAGUAAUUCAUCACGCCUUGUAUAAUCUUCCAGGUAAAUUAUUUAAAUUAAAAUUGUGCUUUUUUCAUUAAACAUGUGCUAAAUAUGACAUGAAACAAUGCUAUUAAAUAUAAAACAAUGCUGUAGAAUACAAAACAGUGUAUCUGGCAAAAAACCACAGGUAAAUAAAAUAGCAGCAACAGGUGAAACAGUAAAUUAGUGGAGAGGUUCUUUCUCACCAAGUCCCUGCAAGUAAGACAGAAUGUAGGAUGAAUAAUUAUUUCCAAUUAAUUUCUGUCUUUCUUAAAUUUGUAUACUGUCCUUCAUCCGAAGAUCCCAGGGUGUUUCCCAGCACAAACUACACCUUAAGGAAGACUCAGGGCAUAGUAUUGAAGUGAAAAUGAAAUGAAAUAUUGUGGACAAAAGGUUAUAUAACAGCCUAAAGGAUCUGUAAAUUAAAUUAAACUAGCCAAAUCAAUAUACAGUUAGGCAGGAGGAAACAGGUUACUCCACUUUCUUGACCAUGUUUACAGGCAACAUUCCCUCAGAGUAAAGGACUGGAAGAAAUAUGUCCUCCUUGUUCCUAGAAUUGUGGGCACAUGACUUGAUGAGCACAAACCAAUGUGAAUGUCAGCCAGGUCAGUGUUCAGCCCAAUGUGCAUGCAAAGCCCAAAUGCCAUCCCCAAUGACCCAACACAAGACAAUGUAAGGGGAUCAAAGAGUGCCCCUCACUAAAUACCACCGUAAUUAUUUACUCCACUCUCUCUUGUAUUAUGUUUCCUGCCUGAACUAACAGCCACUGGAAGAGAUCAAUGCCAGGUAGUUCACCUCCUCCUAAGAACAAAAAAAAGAGCUCAAAUAGAGCUCAUUGCAGGCCAGCAAAGAAAAGAUUUCAGGCUUCCUCUGAAGGGUGAACCCCAUUGUACUGAUAGAGGAAGAUCUUGAUGGAUGUGACCAUGGGUAAUGUAAGCAACCCAGUGGUGAUCUUUCGGCACCCAUUUCUAUCCAGUUGGGGGAAUCCUCUGAAAGCAAGCCUCUCUUCAUUUCCCAGUGACAAUUUGCCCUGGCAGAUUCUCAGCUGGGUUCAAACAAUGGAUGAAGUAGCACACGGAUGAGCCCAGAAUGAAAUGGACUGGCCGCUCAGUAUGACUCUGACAGCUCCUGGCAACUGGCCAGAUCCAUCAAAAAAAAGGGGGGGGAGUACGUUAGAUAUAGCACUUUGCUUAAAAGUGAAUAUAAAGUUUGAAUGCAUCAGAUUGCCAUCUUCCAAUGUCCCAGAUCUGGUGGGAUGCCCAUGAGAGCCGCAGCUGUGGCUGUACCUAUGCGAAAGGAAUGCAAACCAAACUGAACUGGAUCACAAGCUAUGGCUAAUUGGGCAGAGAACUGUCCAAACUUCAAAUUGAUCCUGGGAGAGGAAAAGGUGACCCACACACAGGCCGAGUGGCCAGAUAGGCUGCAAGUGCUGUCACAGGGCAUAAAGGUACAUCAUGGCAACUCUCGUUCAUGACCUUGGAGCCAAAGCCUUCUGGCCCAUCUUGGACUGCCUUAGGAGAAUGCGUACCAACCCAUCUGCGAACUGGACAUUCUGGAACAACAAGGCCUGCCCUAGACAUAGAAAGUAACUCGUAGGCCCAAAGCCCCACGAAAGGCAACCAAUGAAAACAGCUGUUCUUCCAAAGUGAAAGAACACAGGGACAGCAGCAACAAUAGAGCAUCUGGUAUUAUGGGCAUACAUUUAUCUGGUCUGUUCUGCUCUUGGUCCUAAAGUGGAUGGGCCAUAGAAGUGGUCCUGACGUCCUUGAACUCCUGGUGAUUAGGCAAAUAUGGCUGCCUGGUACAGGGGGCCAGAGUGGACGAAAUGUCCAGUUGAGGUAUCAAUUGCCAAGGUUUGCUCGGCAUCCUCAUCAGGUUGUGCACAACACCCAGUGCCAGCUUGCGUGGCGAUUCCCGCCCCCCACCAGUUGGAAUAAAAUAAAGACACAGGACACCGGAAUUUAAGGUUAAUGGGCAACAAAUGGCCACAACUUUAUUGGUCACAGGUAAUUGGCUUUAGCCAUUGGACCUAUCAGACUAUCAGGUAUCAAUUGCCAAGGUUUGCUUGGCAUCCUCAUCAUGUUGUGCACAACACCCAGUGCCAGCUUGCAGAAGCACCUCUUCUGGAACCGACAGACAGCAUCAGCUAUCCAGUUAUUCUGUGAAUAGGAUGCUGAAGUCCAAGCAGUGCAAAACAAAUGUAUGCACCAAGGCGAACGGGAGGGCUGUAAGUUGAUAAUGCAAAGCACUGCCAGGUUGUCACAACAGAAUCUCACCAUUUUGUUCCUAAACUCCUCAGCCCACAGGGCUACAGCUACCAACAUGGGAGAAAAUACAUGAAACAUAACAUCAGCUGUACAAUGCUUUGCAUACAAUUUGACCCUGGAUAUCACUCCCAAACCACUGCCAUCCUCAGCAUCAUAUUCAACUGGAGUUUGGUUCCAACAGCAACUCCUGAUGCCAGAAUUCGAAGAAAGUGGGACAAGGGGCAUGUGACCUUGUUCUUUUUUCGUGAUCUCUUGUAGGCAUUUGAUGCCCUUGAUUAUGGCAUUGUCCUGGACUGUCUCUAAGGAAUGGGAAUUGGGGGCACUGUAUUACCGUGGUUCCAAUCCUAUCUUUAGGACCGAUUCCAGGGAGUAGCACUAUGCUAUGGGAUGCUGCAGGGAGUAGGCAAUAGAAGUUUGGGGGAGAUGUACCAUCAGUAUGCUGAUGACACUCAGCUCUCUUUCUCCAUCGCAUCUGAAUCAGGAGAGCCUGUGCAUUCCGUGGGCCAUUGCCUGGACGCAGUGGUGAAAUGGAUGAGGAAAAACAAGUUGAGCUUGGAUCUUGCAAUGUCCGACAAAUUGGUCAGUUGCUUGUUCUGGAUAGGUUUGCACUCCCCUUGAAGGAGCGGGUUUGCUGUUUGAGGGGCUUCUGGAUCCAACUUUGUUCUGGAAGGCUCAGUUGAGGACCCUCUGUCUUUUCUAGGCCUAAGUAAUUUCAGGGUAAUCAGGAGACGAAAAGACAGCUACAGGAAACAACAAGAAAUUUACACUGAUCAGUGCCCAGAGCUCCAACAGUAGGUCAGCUAGGUCUUGGGCUGUUAGGGCAGAUUCAGUCUGGUCCUGUUGGGCUCAAAAAUCAGUCAUUAAUAAAGAUGGGUGUGUCUUAUUGGGAAGAACAGUGCAAAGUAUGGGAAACUACAUGAUAGUAUGUUCACUAGCAAGCUUCCUGUGAAAAAUUCACUGUAUUCAUACACACUUAGUGACAACUGGGAUGGGGUGGGAGCUACAGAUAAGGAAAAGGGCAUAAGCACACAUACAUGCCCAUGGCUUUCAUAGCAACUCCAACCUAUUAAGCAAUGUGCAGUGAUCCAAGGAAACAUGGAUCCCUCAAACACAUGGUCAAUCAAGCACUCUCACAGACAGUUUUUAUGCCCCCACGUGACACUGCAAGCAAACACUUGUGGCAUCCUUUCCACACAGUGUUCAUGCAACCUCCACUGCCAAACCCCCCACAUCAUCUUCCUCUGCAUGCACACAGCAGCCACACCAGGAAACUAUGACACCACACAUAGGUCAAUUUUAAAAAUAAAGCAAAAGAAGUGAGGUCAGAGCCCAAACAGGCCCAGUAGCACAGAGAGGGGCAUUCCAUUGGGUAAAUUAAUGGAGCAUCUAACCUCCUGUCUGGAUGAAAAGAUGGGCUUCUGCUGGUGGAGACAGGUUUCCACCAGCAUGGGUUCCUCUCUGUUCUCUCUCUCUCUGUAUCUGUUUAUGUGUGAAUCCCCACCGUAUCCAAAACCCAAGCAGCAUAUAGAGAUUGAAGAUUGUCCGGCAAGGCACUAUGGGCUGUAUCAGGCACCCCCAAACUCGGCCCUCCAGCAGUUUUGGGACUACAACUCCCAUCAAAACUGACCACUGGGAGUUGUAGUCCCAAAACUGCUGGAGGGCCGAGUUUGGUGAUGCCUGGGCUGUAUUUUUAUCUUGAUGCAAACUUGAAUAUCAACCUAUUGUACUAGAGACUUGACUUGAGGAACACUUCUCCAAAAGGUGGUCACCUCAGCACUCAGCCUCACUAUGAGCCAGAACAUGUGAGCAAAAGGGGAACUAGCAUAAAGCCCCCUUCCAUGAAAUCCUAGUUGAUCAGUAAUCUUUGGAAUGAAGAUACUUGUAUAGUAUCCACACUAUUUCCUAAAUGAGAGCUAUAUAAAAUGCAUUUUUCUAUUUGGGGCUUUCUUCUAGGGCCAAAGAUGUUUUGUGAUGUGCUCUUAUUGAGAGAUUUCAAUAAAGCUGAAUGUGUGGAAAUUCUGAAGAAAGGCCAUUUACUGGGCGUUGCCCCUGGUGGAGCUAGAGAAGCAAAUUUUAGUACUGACUACAGCUUAAUGUGGGGUAACCACACAGGUUUCGCUCGGCUAGCUUUGGAGGCAAAAGUGGUGAGUGAUCUUUGGGCAAUUUGCAUUGUCCUCACAAUUAUCCUGUAUAUGACAUACUGUGUUGACAUCCUUGAUCUAGCAUCCUCCAUAGCCGAGGAUGGAGUGAAAUGAUAUCUGGAGAGUCAUGGAUUCCCCACUCCUGCUUUUUAAAAAAGCUACUGAAAUCAAUGUUUAAUAAGAAAAACAACUUUUUUCUUCUUACUCUCUUCAAUUCCUCAAAAUCUGGGGGACAGCUUGUGAAUUUUUUUCAUCUGAGAUAUUUGAAUAGAUCUGUCAGGAAUUCUGAAGCCAAUCACACCUGUCUUGUCAUUAUAAUGCCGGGUGUGAAUCAUUCCUUCUAGUCUUUAACAAAAAUUAAGGUGGAAUGGUUGGGGUGAAGUAAUUAACCAGGUCUCACCUUUCUGUUAUUGUUUAUUUCCUAUUUUAUUCUUUUAGCCCAUCAUCCCUAUAUUUGCACAAAAUGAUUCUGAAGCAUUCAGGACCUUUGGAAAGAUAAGUGAGUUAAAUUUAUUAUGUUCCUUGGUUGAUCAAGAUAUCUAAUUUCAGGCAAAAUACAUUUUAAUAAUAUACAAUGGUGUUUUUUAAAAAAUGAAUAUCUAUUUCCUAAGUACUCUCAAAAUGCCAACUAAUUUCAAAUUUGAUAUGGGGUCGCAUUCUUUCAGAAUAUUUUUAUAGAACCCCCCCCCAAAAAAACAUUUAUAAAUACAUUGUUAACAAAUACAAAAAAAUUAAAAAUUCCUUCCAGUAGCACCUUAGAGACCAACUAAGUUAAUUAUUGGUAUGAGCUUUCGUGUGCAUGCACACUUCUUCAGACAGCUGUUUCGACUACAGCAGAUCAACACGGCUACCUACCUGUAACUAUAGUUAACAAAUAAAUACUUUAAUAACCUGCCUGGAAAAAAAAGAAAAAAGAAAAGGGAAGAAGGGGAAAGCAUACAUAUCAACGUACAUAGAAUAGAAAAGGAUAUAAAAAAGAAAAGAAAAAUAAACGAACAAAAAUUAAGCAAAGUUAAACUCUAUCGAAAUAAUAACUUAGACUGCCUUAAGACCUCUUUCUUUAAAAAAUUCUAUUUGCUAUAAUUCAACCCUAUAAUAGUAUUUCUUAUAUAUAGUGACCUUCAGUAUGGGUUGAAUCUCUUUACUUAUUUGUUAUUGAUGUUGGCUUCCUUCUGCCUCAUUAUGAUUUCAAUUCGAAUUAGCUUACUUUCCCCUUGUAUUUAAUAUUUUAUCCUCAUCUUGGUAUGAGGAAACAGUAUGUCACUAUUUGCGGAGUUAUUCAAGACACAACCAAGUCUUAUUAGUAUAACCUUGUUUCAUUAAAUAAUUGUUGAAACAUUCCCAUUCUUUUUUGACUUUGUCUGCUGAUUUGUUUCUUAUUGAUUCCGUCAUUUUCGUGAGUUCCAAGUACUCGCAGAGUUUUAACUGCCAUUCCUCUCUCGAUGGGAUAAAUUCACUCUUCCAAUACUGAGCUACUAGCAGUCUAGAUGCAGUCACUGUGUAGAGGAAUAUUCUCUUGCUUUCUUUUGGAAUGUUAUUUGUUAAGAUUCCUAGUAAGAAUGCUUCCGGGGGUUUUUGUAAUAUAAAUUUUAAUAUUUUUGUUAAUUCCUCAUAGGUCGUGUCCCAUAUUUUUUGAUUCCUGGGCACAUAUGGAAAAAGGUUCCCUCAUAUAAUUUGCAUCUCCAACAUUUAUUAUCAUAAUUUUUAGUCAUAUUGGCUAAUUUUGAAGGGGUUAAAUACCAUCUAAAUUGCAUUUUCAUAAACUUUUCUUUAAUUAAGUAACACGCUGUGAAUCUUAGAUUCUUUCCCCACAGCUCUUCCCAUUUUUAUAAUUCUAUAGGAUAACCCAGAUCUUGCACCCACUUUAGUAUCACUUCUUUUACUUCUGGAACUGCAAAUCCACCUCUGUCUCUAAUCUCUGUUAGUAAUUUUAUUCCAGGUUUUUUACCCUGCCAAAUGAAUUUUGCCAGAUAUUUUUGCCACUCUUUAAAACAUUUAACUCCACUGAUUAUUGGUAAUGUUUGGAAUAGGAAUGACAUCUUUGGUAGCACUGUCAUUUUAAUUAUUGACAUCCUGCCCCACAGUGACAGAUUUAACCUCCCCCAAAUCUCCAAAUCUUUUUUUAUUUCUUUCAAUUUUUUUACAUAAUUGUAAUUGAAAAGGUUUAUGUUUUUUGUUGUGAUCCCGAUGCCUAGGUAUUUCAGCUUAUUUGUUAUUUUUAAUCCUGUUUUAGUUUACAAUCCUCUUUUUUCUUCUUCACACAUGUUUUUCACGAAUAAUUUUGUUUUGUCUUUGUUUAGUUUAAAGCUGAGACUUUCCUGAAUUCAUCCAUUUUUGUCAGUGUUUCUAAUAUGCUCUCUAUUGGGUUCUCGGUGGUUAUGAUGAUGUAAUCUGCAAAGGCUUUGAGUUUAUACAAUCUGUUGCCCAAUAAAUACCUUUUAUUUUUGUUUUUUUCCUUAUAGCUGUUACUAAUGUUUCUAAUAUGGUGAUAAAUAAAAGUGGUGAGAAUGGACAGCCUUGUCUAAUCCCUUAUUCAAUGUUAAAUGUUUUCGUUAGUUCAUUAUUUAUGAUUAAUUUUGCUUUCUGAUUAUUAUAUAUUGCCUUGAUUCUGCAAUAUAUUUUAUUUCCUAAUUUCUUUGCAUCAAUGGUGUUCAACAAGAAAUCCAAUGAUACAUGAUCAAAUGCAUUUUCAGCGUCCACUAACAUCAUUGCUGAUCUUUUAUUUCCACCUACCCCCAAAUAUUCUAAUAAAUUGAUAAUUGUUCUUGUAUUGUUACCGUAUAUAUUUGUCUUCCUGGGAGGAAGCCAGCCCGGUCUUCGUUAAUUAGUCUAUUUAAUAUCUUUUUAAAUCUUUUUGCAAGUAUUCCUCUAAAAAUUUUGUAAUCCAAAUUUAGUAAUGAAAUUGGUCUAUAGUUUUUGGUAUUCAUCAGAUCUGCUCCUUGUUUCGGGAUCAAGGUUUUAAGGCUUCUUUCCAUGACUCCGGUGUCUUCCCAUUCUCUAAUAUAUUGCUCAUAAUCUUUUUCAGGGUUGGAAGUAUGGCCUCUUCUAGUUUUUUUUUUUUUAUAGUAACCAAUUGAAAUUCCAUCUGGGCCCGGAGAUUCCCCAACUUUUGUUUGUUUUUCAUUACUUGUAGUAUUUCUUCUAUUUUGAUAGUUGAAUUUAAAUAUCUAUGUUCCUCUUCUAAUAUUACCAGUAAUUUGUUUUGUUAUAGAUAAUCAUUUAUUUUAUUCUCAUAUUUAUCUUCUGAUUUGUACAGUUUUUUUUAAUAAUAAUUUACAAAGCACUGUUUUAUUUUUUCUGGGUCUACUAUCUCUUCCCUUUGAUCUAUUAUUUUACCUAUAAUUUUAUCUUUUUGCCUUUUCUUUAUUAACCAGGUUAACAUCCUGCCGAGUUUGUUGGCCAAGUCAAAGCUUCUUUGUCUCAUCCAUUUGAUAUGGGGUCGCAUUCUUUCAGAAUCUUUUCCCUUUCAUACACAGGGUUGGCAAGAUGGGUAUAUGAGAAAACUCGAUUUUUACUCCUUCCUGUAUAUGGAGGGUUUCCAGUGAAAUUGAGGACAUAUAUUGGAGAACCCAUCCCAUAUGAUCCAAACAUAACUGCCACAGAGCUGGCUGAAAAAGUAAGUACCAGGAAAUAUAAAACAGAAUAAUCUUUCCUAUUGUUUUUUCACUUUCUCAGUUCUAAAUUGUAUUCUGCAUACUGGCUUCUCAUUCUGUAUGACCCAGAACUAGGCUUUAUUAUAUAUAUUUUUGUGCAUUAUAUUGAUCACUCAGCUUUUCCUCUGCUUAACUUGUUGAGACUAAUUAAAUGCCCUCUGAGCUACCAACUUUGAACUUUGAACCCCCAACACAUUUUUAGAUAUAGGAUCAUAGAAUCUUAGAGUUGAAAGGGACCCAAGGGUCAUCUAGUCUACUCCUCUGCAAUGAAGGAAUAUCAGCUAAAGCAUCCAUGACAGAUGGCCAUCCAGCCUCUGCUUAACCUCGUACCGACGGGACCGCCUCUCUUGGUAUGCCCCACGGAGGACCUUGCGGUCUGCAAAUAACAACAUCCUAAAGAUUCUGGGUGCCAGGGAGAUCAGACUGGCCUCGACCAGAGCCAGGGCGUUUUUGGCUGUGGCCCCGGCCUUGUGGAACGCUCUCUCACGAGUGACUAGGGCCCUGCGGGAUUUGACAUCUUUCUGCAGGGCCUGCAAGAUGGAGCUGUUCUGCCAGGCCUUUGGUCAGGGUUCCGUCUGACUCAUUUUCUCCUUGUAUAAGAACAAGCAUGAAAAAUAAAGAAAAAGAGAUAAAGGGAAUUACAUUAGGCAAGGAUGUUUUCAAAAUUAGAACUUUUGCGGAUGAUAUUAUAUUAACAACUGAGGAGUCAGAGAGCAGUUUAAUGAAAGCAUUGAGGAUAAUGAAUGAGUUCGGGAAAGUAGCAGGCUUCAAGAUAAAUAUGUCAAAAACAAAACUUAUGGUAAAAAACAUACAGGAAUUAGAAAAGAACAAAUUACAGAAGAAAUUAGGUUUGGAAAUUGUUACAAAACAAAAGCAAAACAUUUAGGUAUAGAAUUGCUGAUGAAAAAUAUUAAUCUAUUUGGAAACAAUUAUGAAAAAGCCUGGAAGGAAAUUAGAAGAGAUCUAGAAACCUGGAGUAGAUUAAAGCUGACAUUAAUGGGGAGAAUAUCUAUAAUUAAGAUGAAUGAUUUACCCAAAAUGAUAUAUAUGUUCCAAACAAUACCAAUAAUAAUUAAAGAAAAUUGUUUUGAUGAAUGGAGAAAAUAUCUAACAAAAUUCAUAUGGCAAACCGAAAAACCACGCAUAAAGUAUAAACUAUUAACAGAUAAAAGGGAUAGAGGAGGACUGGCAUUACCGAAUUUAAAAUUAUACUAUGAAGCAGAAUGUCUGGCGUGGCUAAAAGAAUGGAUUAUAUUGGAAAACACUAGUAUUAUAAAUCUAGAAGGUUUUGACAAUAGGUAUGGAUGGCACGCCUACCUAGCGUACAAGAAGGUUAAGGUACAUAAUGGCUUCAAAAAUCAUAUACUCAGAAAUUUAUUGUUGAAAGUUUGGAAUAAAUAUAAUCAGCUAUUAGAGCCACAAGUCCCUUUAUGGAUAUCUCCAUUAGAAGCCCAUGCAGUUAAAAAACUCAAUAUGAAUCCGAACUGGGCAACAUAUAGACAAAUACUGGAAGAAGACCAAGGAAAGUUAAAAUUAAAAACAUAUGAAGAAUUAAAACAAUAUGGGAUGGAUAAUUGGCAAUAUAUACAAUUAAAAAGUGUGUUUAAGGCAGAUCAAAGAAAAGGUUUCACCAAAGAACAAUUGCUAUUUAGCACCAUUAUAUUACAAAACAAUAGGAAAUUAUUAUUGAAAAUUUACACUCUAUUAUUGGACUAUGAUUUGAUGGAUGAAGAGGUAAAAGAAACAAUGGCCAAAUGGGCAAAAGAUAUCGGCCACACUAUAUAUUUAGAACAAUGGGAGAAACUCUGGUGCGAGAAUAUCCGCUUUACCACCUGCUAUACGAUAAAGGGGACGCGGGUGGCGCUGUGGGUAAAACCUCAGCGCCUAGGACUUGCCGAUCGAAAGGUCGGCGGUUCGAAUCCCCGCGGCGGGGUGCGCUCCCAUCGCUCGGUCCCAGCGCCUGCCAACCUAGCAGUUCGAAAGCACCCCCGGGUGCAAGUAGAUAAAUAGGGACCGCUUACUAGCGGGAAGGUAAAUGGCGUUCCGUGUGCUGCGCUGGCUCGCCAGAUGCAGCUUGUCACGCUGGCCACGUGACCCAGAAGUGUCUGCGGACAGCGCUGGCUCCUGGCCUAUAGAGUGAGAUGAGUGCACAACCCUAGAGUCUUUCAAGACUGGCCUUUAUACGAUAAAGGAAAAUUUUGUUUAAAUGUUUUACAGGUGGUAUUUAAUUUAUAAUUAAAAUCCAACCUUUGUUGGAAAUGUAACAAAGAACCUGGAACGAUAAUUCAUAUGUGGUGAGGUUGCAAGGAAAUAAAGAAGUUUUGGGGACUAAUACAUGAGGAACUUAAGGAAAUGCUUAAAAAACCCUUGAUAAAAAAUCCUGAAGCUUAUCUGUUAGGGUUGGUGGGCAAAGACAUACCACAUAUGAAAAAAAAUAAAUUCUAUGCAGCAACAGCUGCCAGGGUAGUGAUUGCCACUAAAUGGAAAUCUCAGGACACACCAACAAAGGAAGAGUGGAUUUGUAAAUUAAGUGAGUAUAUAGAAUUGGCAAAAUUAACUUCAAUUAUAAGAUAUCAUUCAAAUCAAAAGUUAAGAAUGGAGUGGAAGUAUUUUGAAGAUUAUAUGUCAAAAUAUUGUUCUAAAAAUGACAUGCUAAUAGGCUUAGAAUAAAAAAUGUAAGCAAUAACAAUACCAAUAAAGAAAGAAGGAAAAAUCAGAAUUUAACAAAAAUAAUUUAUUAUACAAUGCAAGGGAAAAAAGGUAGAAAAAAAUAUAAAGAAGUGGAAUUGCUGUGGAGGGAAGUAGAGGGUGGGUAGUGGGUUUUAUAAUUAAGUGUAUAAUUAUGCAGCUGUUGUAAUUUAGAUAUUAUAUUUUAUGUGAGGGAAUCAUUGGGAAUUUUGGUUAUUAUGUGUAUAUGUUACGUUUCAAUAAAGAUCUUGGGGGGGGGGGAGCAUGAAGGAGGUUCCCAGCCCGCUCAAAAGUGCUUAUAAUAUCAGUGGAAGCAGUUGGUAACCGCUUUCAAAUCUACCCUGAAGAUUGCCACUUGUCCAGUUUUAAUUUUAAUUUGUUUGAAUUAAAUGUGGGAUGUAUCUUAAUUUAUUGAUCACUUGGUUUUAUGCAUAUUGUCUUAUAUGAUGUGAGCCGCUCUGAGCCCAGCUUUGGCCAGGGUUGGCAGGAUACAAAUAAAUUAUUAUUAUUGUUAUUAUUAUUAAACACUUUCACAACCUCUCAGGGGAGACUGUUGAACUGUCAAAACAGCUCUCACUGUCAGAAAGCUCUUCCUGAUGUUGAGGUGGAAUUUCUUUUCUUGCAACUUGAAGAGUGGCCCUGGAAACCCUUUCAGAUGGGUGGAGUAUAAAUUUAAAAAAUGAUGAUGAUAAUGAUGAUUAUAAGGCAUUCGUUUGCGUCCUACCCUGCAGAGCAGGAGAAAAUAAGCUUACUCCAUCUUCCAUGUGACAACCCUUAAGAUAUUUGAAAUGACUGUCAUAACUCUUCUCAGUCCCCUCUUUUUCAGGCUGAAAAUACCCAGCUUCUUUCACUGUGGCUCAUAAGGUUUCCUUUCCAGACCCUUAAUAUUCAUGGUUGCUCUCAUCUCCCCCAAGAACUUUCUGCUUCCAUUCUUGCUUCACCCUCACCUUCCCCACAUCUAGUUCCGGCUUUUGGUUGCUUGUUUGAAGGGGCGGAGAAGUAAUUUAUUUUUGCAGGUGUGUGGGGGUUGAUUCUUUGGUUGUCCUGUGGUUCCUUCCUUUUAUUUCACAUUGUUGGGAUGCAGUCAUUGUCAAUUGACAGUGGUGUGGUUUGUUUGCUCCUACCGCGUUAAAUCUGUACAGAUGAGAAAGUUGUGGAGAGAAAGAUUAGCUUUACCGAGGCAUUAUUGUGUUAAGGGUGCCCUUUAGGGACCUGCCAAGACAGUAUGCCUGGUAGGACUUACAUAGUUCCUCUUAGGCCUGGUACAUGCAUUUUGGCUGAACACUGCAAAGUAGGGUCUGGGUGAGCAUUAUGGGUUCAUGCUCAAGGUUCAAUAUGCAAGAAGACAGUAAUUUCCUCCCUAUCCUUUGCUAGGGAGCCAGCUGCAUAUGCCUUAGGAUCUGGAGAGAUGGUUUCCUACUACAAUUAGCUAAAAAUCCUUAUCUGCCUUUACUUCUGAUCCCAGAAAUAAAUUCCAUAUUGUGCUUCUUUAGCUGGAAAAAGUGGGAUUUUUAAAAUGCUACUGGGUCUGACUCCUUUAGCUUUUUCCUAUUCCUUUAGCUAUAACAUAAUGUAUUCCUUUGUUUUUGUUUUUUCAACAGACCAAGACUGCAUUUGAAAAUCUUCGGGAUAGACACCAGAAAAUGCCAGGAAGUAUAUUAAGAGCUCUUUCAGAACGAUUUGAUAAGGGUGACAAAGCUAACUAG